AUGCGGGGGGGCCCGGGCGAUGCGGAGCGGCGACAGCGCUGGGGUCGCCUCUUCGAGGAGCUGGAUAGGAACAAGGACGGCCGCGUGGACGUGCACGAGUUGCGCCAGGGACUGGCUCGGCUGGGCGGGGGCGACCCGAACCGCGACACCCAACAGGGCAGUUCCCCUGAGGGUGACACUGACCCACACGGUGGGCUGGACCUGGAGGAGUUUAGCCGCUACCUGCAGGAGCGAGAAAGACGCCUGCUGCUUCUGUUCCACAGCCUGGACCGGAAUCAGGAUGGUCAUAUUGAUGUGUCUGAGAUCCAGCAAAGUUUCCGAGCUCUGGGUAUUUCCAUCUCUCUGGAGCAAGCAGAGAAAAUUCUGCACAGCAUGGACCGUGACGGCACAAUGACCAUCGACUGGCAGGAGUGGCGCGACCACUUCCUGUUGCAUUCGCUGGAGAAUGUGGAGGAUGUAGUCUAUUUCUGGAAACAUUCGACGGUCUUGGACAUCGGCGAGUGCCUGACUGUUCCUGAUGAGUUUUCAGAGCAGGAGAAGCUGAGCGGCAUGUGGUGGAAGCAGCUGGUGGCGGGUGCGGUGGCAGGCGCUGUGUCGCGGACGGGCACAGCCCCUCUGGACCGCCUCAAGGUCUUCAUGCAGGUCCACGCCUCCAAGACCAACAAGCUGAACAUCCUGGGGGGCCUAAAGAACAUGAUCCGAGAGGGGGGCAUGCGCUCCCUGUGGCGUGGGAAUGGGAUUAACGUGCUUAAGAUCGCGCCAGAGUCGGCUAUCAAGUUCAUGGCCUAUGAGCAGAUCAAGCGGGCCAUUCGAGGGCAGCAGGAGUCACUGCACGUGCAAGAGCGCUUUGUGGCCGGCUCCCUCGCUGGCGCCACAGCCCAAACCAUCAUUUACCCCAUGGAGGUGCUGAAGACGCGGCUGACCUUGCGCCGGACGGGCCAGUACAAGGGGCUGCUGGACUGUGCGUGGCAGAUCCUGGAGCGAGAGGGGCCCCGAGCCUUCUACCGAGGCUACCUGCCCAACGUGCUGGGCAUCAUCCCCUACGCAGGCAUCGACCUGGCUGUCUAUGAGACAUUGAAGAACCGAUGGCUCCAGCAGUACAGCCAUGACUCGGCCGACCCAGGCAUCCUCGUGCUCCUGGCCUGUGGCACCGUCUCCAGCACCUGCGGCCAGAUAGCCAGUUACCCCCUGGCUCUGGUCCGGACCCGCAUGCAGGCCCAAGACACCGUGAAGGGAUCAAACCCCACCAUGUGUGGAAUCUUCCGGCGGAUCCUGGCCCAGCAGGGUUGGCCUGGGCUGUACCGAGGCAUGACUCCCACCUUACUGAAGGUGUUGCCAGCAGGUGGCAUCAGCUAUGUGGUGUAUGAGGCCAUGAAGAAAACCCUGGGCGUAUAG